GUUGUGAAUGCUUAGUCGUAGUCGUGUGCUUGAUUUGGGAUUCAUGUUCUUUCAAAUAUUUCUUCGCGAUCGAAUCGCGAUUCAUUCUUCUAUCACGUAGACAUUGUGUGCAUUAAAUACUACGAUUAAUCGCGCUCUGACUUUGUGUAUAUCUGUGUUAUUUUACAAAUUAUUCAUUUCACUUAUGAAAUAUGAAUCAAACUUCUGCUCGAAAAUUUCCCGAUGUUGCUCUGUCUGCUGUGUUGCUCUGAACGUCAUCGAUGGAAAUGUGUAGACAAUUUUAAUAAAUCCAUUAUCGAUCGAAACUAGCCGAGUAUAUUACAGAGCUACGAUUUCGGCUCAAAAUCAAUAAUCAAAAAUCGACUAUUUAGCGAAGAAACGCUAAGGAUUUUCAAAUUUUCAAUCUUUCAAAUUGGCUCUUCGACAAUAUCAUUUCUAUCAAGAAAAGUUUCGUCUAUUUGGAAAAUUGUAACCACCUCGUAGUUCUUUUUAAAAGAAUGGUGCUGGUGGUAAACGGAGUCCUACAAGAGGACAUUCCAACGGAUAGCAGAUCGCUGUACGUAGCUCAUCCGGUAUAUCGUGAAACUGCAGCUCAACUUCGUUCGAUGCCAGCAAAAUUAGUGGGACCGAUGGGACUUCUUUACGUACGUCAAAGGGAAAUGGCCGCUACUUUGCCACACGACAAAAAUGUGAGCAUCAUUGGCUCGGAUGAUAUGACUACCUGUAUAAUUGUCGUUGUGAGGCAUUCCGGUUCCGGUGCUGCCGCGUUAGCGCACCUGGAUGGUGCUGGCACAGAAGAUGCAGCAGCAGCAAUGAUCCAGAGGGUAACAGAACUCGCCCUUGGAUUUCCAGAGGGUCGUCUGGAACUACAACUCGUUGGUGGUUAUUCCGAUCCAAGAAAUUAUUCCGAAGAAUUGUUUUGCAAUAUUCUUUCGGCAUUUCACAAGCAGCCAGUGGAGAUCGAUCUAACUAUAUGCUGUGUAGGCGAAUUGAAUACUACGAUAAGAGGUAGCACUCAGUGGCCGGUAAUAUAUGGUAUCGGAUUGAAUGUAAAAACGGGCGAGAUUUUCCCUGCAACUUUCCCCGACAAGGGACCCGAUCAAGCGCUGAGAUGCGCUAGGCAUUUAACCGGAGGUCAACAGGUUCUGGAUGUUUACGACUGUACGCUUGGUUUACUUAGAAUCGGACCGUUCAACUAUGAUCCUUUGAGAGGAGUCGAUCUCUGGUUAGCUCAAUCCGAUCAGUUUAUUCUACAACAUCUUUCGACUGCGCCGGAAGUUGAACUGCCACAUUUUGUAUCACAGGUACGCGCAACACUCAAGUACAUACAGGACAAUCAGUUUCCGGCUGUCACCGUCUUCCGUGAUAAUCGACCCCAUUACUAUCGCCGGGAUGAAACCACCGGUGUUUGGCAACCUAUACGAUAUUGAUACCGAGUAUUCGAGUUAUGCGUGAAGGCUUAUAUGAAAGAUAUUAUUAAAAUGACGAUUAGUGAAAUUUUCAUGAUAAUACAAGAUUCCUAUAGGGUUCAAAUAAUUCAAAUAAUUCAAGAGUAACGGAAUGAAGAAUUUUUAUUAUGAAAAAUCUGCAUAAUAACAUGAAUGGUACAAUGAUUGAUUUAUAUCUUAUGUUUUACCUUAUUUGGUAUUGCUGAUGAAACAUGUGUCUUUCGUGCUUAUUUUUUUUCAAAAUAGGGGUCCGAUGUCGCUGAAUGCGAUAUAACGUGAUUUAUAAUUGUGCAUGGUUUAUAGUUCUAUUUCAUUAUUUGCUAUAUUUAGCCCCUUACCCUACGAUUUAAGUUCCAACAGCGCGUGUUGUAACCAUCGGCAGGGUCGGUCAAACGUCAAGCUAUUUAACGGUCUGAUUGAACGUUCGAAGUUGUGCAAAAUACUACUAAUUUUAUGCUGCAAGAUAUUUCAUAAAUAAUCACUACCAAUUGAUCAUCGAACAAGAUUUUUAAGGGUAUCUUUCUAAUAUUUUUCAAGAAAAUAUAUCUGCGCGUUCAAAUGCGGUCAAGAAAAGAAAAAUGUUUGUCGCAUGUACACGAAACACGCACCACGAAUCUAGCUCGACGUUGUAGGUUAAGGGGUUAACGAUAAGACAUACCACGACAGAUUUAGCGAUGUUCGCCACUGAUUUGAAAGCGCAAUAAUGAGAAAAAAAGAAAGGGGUAAUGAGACAAUUUUCCUUAGAAUAAUACUUUCGAACGAUUAUUAUUAAGCGCGGUAACUUAAGAGUUUGUACUUUUCGAGAGAGAGAGAGAGAGAGAGGAGACAGACAAACAGACAGAAAGACAGAGAGUGUAAAUGAGUGAUUGAGCGAUUGACUGUUGAGUGAGUGAGUGAGCGAGUGAGAGAAAUGUGGUUGUUGUUGACUUUUGCUCUUUUAACUUUUAUUUUCUUUUCCAAGAAAUUUUUAUAUUAACUACACUCGCAAACUGUGGUUAUAUAUGUACAACAAUUUCAAUUCGAAGCGCUACCUUCCAGAUAUACAUAUAUAUCUUCUUUGGUGAUUCUUCAUCUUAAUAUUAGUACACAAUUGCGACCGGAUAUUUUACUUACAAUAUGCAUUUCAAGAAAAUAUAAAAAGGCAUUGCAAGAUUGAAGUGAUUAAAAAAUUUGUUUAUAUUUGCACGUAAUAUGCACGUGGCUUUUGCCUCGAUUUAUGUGCACAUCCACAUACGUACACGAGCUCUCUUUCUUCCUUCCGAUUCAAAAUAGAUAAGUUACUGAAAUGAACAUUCGGUAUAUUUCAUAAAAGCGAAACAUACUUGUCCAAAAGCCGGAAAAAUCGCAUAUAUUGAUGUUACGCGCAAAAGAGAUACCUUAUUAACGGGUAAAAAGAUAAAGGGAGGAAGAGAAGGAAGAAAAGAAAAAAAAUCUCACAAUCCGUUAUUCGAAUGCACGCGCGCGUAUAUAUUUACACACGACUCUUUCAUAUUACUAUUCUCUAUUCACUACUCACUUUUUCAAACAAAGCUCAGAAGAGGUAUUCCGCGGUAAUAAUAUUAGGUAAAAUUCAUUUAAACAUUCAGUUCGAAUAAUUUCCUUAUGUAAGCGCUUAGGACUUGAGGCGAUUUAAUGUACAGAUUGUCGGUUAUGUUGGGAAAGAAAUAAAUGAAAACAAUUACGCUUAUUCUUCGCUAUGGUGUGCUAUGACUGAAUAAGAAAAUAAUAAUUCAAUUUCAUAUAACAAUAGCAAACUAUCUUCGCCAAUCUUCAUUAUUUUAAUGAUGGUGGAACAGUAACUGAGAGAAGUAAAACAGUAACUGUAAAGAAAUUGUAGAAAAAUCGAAAAGAUAUAUAUAUUUUUUACUGCAUCACAUAAACAGAGGCGUAAAGUCUCUUAGCUUUGCGAUACUUGAGAUAGUAACAACUACAUACAUAGCACUGACAUUGAUGAUGCCGUUGACGUCGUUAAUGUUGAUAUAUAUUACGAUGUAAAGCGAGAAACGCUUAGAGAAAAAGGUUUGCUAGGGAAAACUGUGUAAUAAUUGUUCGUCGUUCCAAUUAAUAAUAUUUUGCUGACAAUUAAUCGCUUUCAUGUUUACACUGUACAACUUUCUUUAUGACGUAGUUACAACCUUCUAUUUACUUUGAUUUUACUCCCUCAUUUUUCGUCUCUUUAUGUUAAAAUUUUCAUUCAGUUUCUGUCUUUUUAUUUUCUCUUGUUACAAAUUGCAAAAAUGAUUUUCUAGUAAUAUUUUGUGGUUAUAUAUUUAUACAAUAAAAAAUGAAUUAAACAUUUUCCUAAUAAUUGCAUAUCAUUCCACCAACAAAAAAUCAACUUUUUAGAAAAGAACCAAUUCCAAAUGAUUAAUACAUUUGUAAUACAAAUCUAUUCCUUCAUAAUAUGUUGCAAUUUUUAUUUUGUACUCACGAUUUACUCUAUCGUACGUCUUAAGGGACAUCUGUUGAAUUAUUAGAAAGAAAUACUUCUAUCAAUAUUUUUAUUCUUGUUUCACACCCGAAUAGUUACCAACGAUUCGCUUUCUUUUUCUACCUGUAUACGAUUGGUUAAUAAUUGCAUUACAGAUACAUCACGGAUUAAUGUUUCGAUUUUUUAAAUAAACUAAAUGAACCUGAAAUUAUGAAUUACACAUUAACAUUAACAAAUUUAUCAUUGCUCAGCAUACUUAUGCAAAACUCUUGUGAGAGCAUUCAAUGCUGAUAAUCUAUCAAGGGCAACUUUAAUGCGUAUCUGUAGAAUUUUUUGCACUGCGUUUACAAAUUUCAAAGUAGAUGACACAAGUAUGUGUAACAAUAUGUAUAAUACAAUAUUCAUAAAAAGCAGUUAACACGAUAUAAUAAUAAUAAUAAAAUGUGUAAGAGUAUACGUAAAGCAUACAAAGAAAAAGGGGAAGAAAAGAGACCAAGGGACACGAUCCGUAAGAAUUUUGUAUUUAUGUAUGUAUAGGUACGUAUAGGUUAAAGUUAAAUGAUGAAACGUAGGUAAAACAGGAUGUAUUAUUCUCUUGUAGAUAGAAAAUUUAUUUAACGUCUAUUAUUGAUAAUCUUUACUUUGAUUAUUGUCUAAAAAUGGAUUUGAAUUUAUCAGUAUGAUUUUGCAAUUAUCGAUGCAGAUGUAAACUUGUCUUUUAUACUUAUUAUUGACACAUAAUUGUUUAUUUCGUGUUAUGGAAAAUUAAUUCUAUCUCAUUGUAUUAUGUGUCCUAAGCGAUUUUUAAUUAAUUUAAUCUGGAGAAAUACCAGAGAGUUAUGUAAGGACUUUAGUCAUCGAUAAAUGAUAAUUCAAUGUUGUGAAAAUACUCGAUCUUGCACUAAGUAUAGUUAUCCGAAAUUAUUUAAUGAUUUAAGGGAAACGCACAUACAUAGAUGGCGAAAUAUGCUUUUCAUCAAACACUGGCAUAUUCAAAUUGUACCUGGUUUCACGUAGGAAGCAUCAGGAUAUUAUCACAACAUUACUUUAUCAUACAUAUGUACAUAUUAUUAUAUAAAUUGUAUUAUGAUUACAGAGCGUGUGAUAUACAAUAAUAUUAUUGAAUAUUAAUAAUAAUUGAUUUUCCUAUACUUCUUUAUAUUAUAUUUGUCAAAUUGCACGCAUGAAACCGUAAUGAAAGGAAGAAAAUGAAUGUUCCAUUAUACAGGCACAAUCGACCGCAUUAUCGGAAAAUAAAUAAUGCUGCGCACGCUCCUUAAAGGGAAGUUGAUUUUCAUAGUACCCGGCAGCUAACGCAAGUCAUAACCAUAACAGAACGCUGUGAGGGGGUUGUUCAGUGUCGCCUUGACAGCAGCCGGAGUUGGAGUUGAAUCUGUUUUUCUUCUAUGGUAUUCAUGCGCGUUGUCUAACAGCUUAACCAACGAUCUACUCUAUUAUACAUCUUAGAUUAAAAUCUACUACUGAUUAUAUUUUUCUUCUGCUGACAAUGAGAUUGGAAUGCUGU